AUGGAUAACCCUGAUAUUCUUGAGCAGCACGGCAUCAACGUGAAGGUAGACCUGCCUGGGGUAGAAGAGAACCUCCGUGAGCCUGAUCCUGAGUAUUCCUUGCAAGGGCUUUUCGCUACCAUCCCCGCCCAAGCAUCCGUCUUCCUCUCCGCGGACGCCCUCGGCCCCCAGAGGACGUCGCUCGGUGGCGUGCACAGGCGGACACGCAAUUUGUUCGACGACAAGAAGCAGCCACAAGCCGAGUACGUCUCCCAGGUUUCCCCCACAUCGUUGUCCCUGCACCUGACCCUCCUUCCUUUGCACGUAGGCUACUCAUGUUCGUCGGCCGCCAACAAAUGGCGAUUGCCCCUCCGGCCAAGCCGGGCGCGCGCUACCUCUCCCUCGUGUGCGCGCUCUCCCGCGCUCUCUCGCACGGCACGCGCGUCCGCAGACCCUCUGGCGCCCUCGCGGAUCGACCCGAACUACUUCGGGAGCGAGGCCGACCACGACCUCUACGUCCACGUCCUCCAGCACACGGUCAAGGGUCUCGUCGAGUACAUCAAGAAGAACGGUUUCCAGGUAUUCCAUCCUGUCGGGACGGCGGCGAUGAUAGCACGCGCCGAUGGAGGCGUGGUAGACCCGACACUGAAGGUGUUUGGGACACGUAACCUCCGUGUCGUCGACCUGUCUGUGCUGCCUAUGGAGUUCGUCUGUCACGCAGUAGGCAGCGUACGCUAUCUGCGAGCAGCGGCGGACAUCCUGAAGUCUGAGCUGCCUGGAAAACCAGGCAACUGA